CAGAGCAGAGGGGAGGGGCAGGCAGGGCAGCCAGGGAGGAGGACAAACAAACAGACAGACAGACAGGAGGGGGACUGGAGGAGGAGGAGGAGAAGUGCCAGCAGAGCAGCAGUCCGAUCCACGCGCUGCCAUACCGGACGGGACUCCUUCUGGCGCCGCGCACGCGUAAAAUGCGCACGCCGUUUAGAGAGAGUGGUGCGUGAUAAGUCGGGACCGGUGCGGCUCCUGUAGACCUCGCCUGAACACCACCACCACCACCUCCAUCAACAAGUGUGACUGUCGUGUUGUGUUUCACGAGAAGACACAAAAGAGCAGGAGAUAUGAUUCAAUCCACUCGGAGAUUUCAUAACUUCUUCCGCGCGUGCCGUUUUGGAACUUUACCGUUUUCCUCCGUAUUCCCUCGCGGACAUGUGAACGCUAGCUGACUGUACUUUUUUGAAAUCUAAUUUCUUUUUUCUUUUUUUUUUGAAAGAAUGUUUUGUGUUCUGCCUUCUUCUGACGAUGAUACAGAUGUGAUAUGAACUACAGCUGCACUACCGCUCAUAUCUCUGCUUACCUUUUCCUGCCACAGACUGGAUUAAAAAAAAAAAGUAGCUAUUAAUGCAUUCCAGGAUCCAACUCUGUUCACAUCACGACAUGUUGAUUCCAAUGUCUCUUACCCUUCUCCGAACUCUGAAUUUUUCAACGUCAUCACAAUAAAACCGAGAUUACAUUUCCCUGCUGGAAUAUGCUCAGUGAGCAGCUCGAUUUUUCAAAUGAGCUCUUUUGAAAUCUGUUUAAAAAAAUAAUAUAAAACAGAUAAACUUUGAAGAACUAUCUCAAGAUAAGUCCUCAUGCUGGUGUAAAUAAACUUAUAAUUCUGGCAUUUUGCAAGCUAAUGAAGCGGCAAUCAUCAUUAAAUGCCAAUAAACAGGUGGAACUAUGAUUGCUUUUGCCUGACAGGACUUGUGGGAGGUUGCUGCUGAAUAUGCAGGGCUUAGCGGCACCUGAUAUGCCCAGGAAAUUCCCUAUCUUUGAUGGCUUUGCCCUCUUAUGGGGCUUGCUCUUUGGAUUAUUCAUUGCAAGUGCACCAGUGAAGGCUUGUCCCGCCAGUUGUCACUGUAUCGAGAAGAGUGGUAUGACCGUGGUCCAGUGUAUGUCUCGCAACUUGGAGCACAUCCCACCAGAUCUUCCAAGAGAUACUGUUGUCCUUCUUUUGGCAUCCAACCACAUCACCCACAUCCCCAACCACGCCUUCAAAGAACUGCACUACCUUCAAGAGCUGGACCUGUCUAACAAUGACAUUGAAACUGUGGACCUCGGAGCUUUUCAGGGGGUCACAGACAGCCUCCUUGUCCUGGAUCUAUCAAACAAUCGCAUCCAAAGUGUCCCCAAAGAGGCGUUUGCGCGUCUACGAGCAAAAAUCAGCCUCUCGAACAACCCGUGGCACUGUGAGUGCACGCUGCAGGAGGUCCUGAGGGAGCUGCGGCUGGACCCCGAGACGGUGAACGAGGUGAUCUGCCACACAGCAGUGCAGGAGGAAUAUGCAGGCAAACCGGUAAUCCAGGUGCUGGACUCAGGGAUCAACUUCUGCAACUUUCACCACAAGACCACCGACGUAGCCAUGUUCGUCACCAUGUUCGGCUGGUUCACCAUGGUGAUCGCAUACGUCAUUUACUAUGUAAGACACAAUCAGGAGGAUGCUAGGAGGCACCUGGAGUACCUCAAGUCACUGCCAAGCAGCUCUCAGAUCAGCAAGGACUUUGACACCAUCAGCACUGUUCUUUAGCAGGGCCAUAUGUGGACUCAUGUGGUGUGUGUGUAUGUGUGUGUGUGUGUGUGUCUGUAAAUAUGUGAGUAAAUGUGUCUUUAUGUAUAAAAUGACUAGAAAGCUGUUGCAACACAUAAUCACCACUGUUUCUGAGCACAUGAUUUAAGGUCUUUAACUGACUAAAUGGGUAAUUUUCGAUUUUUAAACCCCGUAGGUGAUAACUUUUUUUAUAUAUUAUUCCAAAAGAAUUAUUUCAGUGUUAUGAAAUAUGACUAAAUCUGGCUCUACAACCAGAAACAAGGAAACAGUGAUAGCACAAAAUAAACACAAUAGUCGUAGAACUCAUAUUUCCAUGAGUGAUGAUGGUCUAGACCGUAGAGAUAAAUGUUCCCACUCUGGUGUCGAUCCACAGUGUGAUUGAAUUUGGACUGAGAUAAAUGAGGAGGACGACUGUGUCCCCCAGUUACUUUGUAUUGAUUGAUCUAUGUUCUUCAUGCCACACUGUCAAGGUAAAGGCCGUUUUACGAGACGCAGAAAUAGGACAUGGUAUUAAAAUUCAGUUUGCAUAACAGCCCUGCCUCCAGUAAACCUGACACAAGAAACUGACCCAGGAAAUAAGAUUACUUUGUGCAAACUGUGUCACGGACCAUACAUGUGCAGCUCUGAUGUAAGGAUGUCCGUGCUUAAAAUGAUUUUUUUCUCUAUCCUGAGAUAAUGAACUCAUCAUUGCGAGAAAACAAGCUUUGUUUUAUCGAGAAAACAAGCUGUCUCCUCAGGAUAAUGAAAUGAUUAGCUUAUUUUCUUGAGAGAUUUCAAACAUUUCAUCAUCUUAUGUCAAGGUAAUGAAAAAAAUGAAACGUGUUUAUUUUAGUGGCAUUUUGCUGCAUUGAAGGCUUUAGGUUGAAAUGUAUUUUACACAGGGUAACAGACUGCUUAUUGUAAUAUGUGAUAUAGAGGUGUGAGGAUGAACAUGGCAAAGUACAGUUUUUUUCCAAUUUGGUACACUAAAAAUUGUCAUAUCUCUAAAAAUAGGAACUCUUAUUUUUUCUGAAGAUUUUUGGAUCAAUUAUCGCUUUUUAAUUAGUGAUGGUAAGUAAACAACUUUCUGUUGCAAACAUGCAUUCAUGUCUAAUGUUCACGAGCUGUUUCAUUGUGCUUUGGUCUCCACAAACUCCUGAGAACAAAAUGUCUCACUGGAUGUUCAACUUUCCUUAAUUACCUGUGUGUGUG